AUGUCGCCCGACGCCGAAGAUGCCUCCCCUUCUCCAGAGCCUGGCACUGAGCAGGAGUCAGGCACCAUGACAGAGACCAAAGUCGAGCGUGCCUCCACCGAAGAGAAAUCCCCCAAUGCCCAAGCGGGCAACGGCACCUCCCAACCCGCCAAAAGCAAUGCCAAAGAUCCUUCACGCCCACGGCGCAAGAAGGCUCGUCGGGCGUGUUUCGCAUGUCAACGAGCGCAUCUCACUUGCGGCGACGAACGCCCAUGCACGAGAUGCAUCAAGCGAGGUCUUCAAGACCAAUGUCAUGACGGCGUGCGCAAGAAGGCCAAGUACCUCCACGAUGCCCCACCAGAAGCGCUCAUGCCCGGCUACGCCCAAAACUACGCCAUGAACGGCAACCAGAACCUAUCGACAGUGCCAGGAGCAGCGUCUGUUGGUUCGAACGGACUUGCCGUGUCACAGUCUAACUCCUUUUAUCCCCAAACUGCUCAAAGUGGCUUCUCCCCGUACAGCAGUGCCACCCAGCAAGGCCAUAUGGGUCCGCCACUGAUGGACAACAACGGCAUGGUUCCCGAGUAUACCACCGCUCAGACCGUCGACACGCCGACUCAGUAUCAGUCGACUUCAAGCCAACAGGUCUCCCCAGCGCAGGAGCUGACCAACAUUGACCAAACCCCGACGAUCGGCACCACGGGUAGCCAAACAUUCGAUACACCCUACUUUGACCCCAACGAUCCAUCAUUGUUCAACUUCAACAUCUCAGAUCUCAACUUCGGUAAUCACUAUGGCGCUCUCGAGUUUGGCAUGCUGGGACACAUCUCCGGCGCGGUUAAUACCCCUGACAUCGAUCAGAUGAACUCGAUGAGCAAUCAUGGCAGCGUCUCAUAUGAUGGAACUGGAGGCUACAAUGCAGGCUUUGGUUAUAACCAUGCCUUUCCUUCUUGGCAAAGUGUGCCCAAUGCUGCAUCACGGCAGAACAGCUCCAACAAUCUAUGGAACUCGCAAGCCAAUGGCUUGGAGGCGUAUGCUAUAGGGGAGCAGGCAUCCUCGAUAACGGGUGCGAGUCCACAUUCACAGAACCAAGACUACACAGGGUAUCAAUCGGCCAACAUGUCACCGGAGACACAAUUUGCCCAACCCGAGCAACAGAAUCAACACCCUGACUUGCUCCGCCAAAGCUUGUCUCAGGCACAGCGAAAGCAACCACCGUUCCCUGGUGACCCACUCUGGAAUACGAAGAAGGGGCGGCGGAAUACGUCUGAGAUCUACAACGCCGUUCAAGCCCCAUACUCAUACACACAAGGCUUCCAUGCACUGACCGCCUUCUUGCAAAAGCGAUUCCCCUCUAAGAAAGUGCUUCGCAUUGCAAAGGCGCUCGCUGACAUUCGACCUUCAUUCAUCUCGUGCAAUCAGCACUUGAACCACGAUGAUCUCAUCUUCAUGGAGAAAAGCUUUCAACGGACGUUGUACGAAUACGAAGGACUCAUCGGCCACUUUGGCACGCCCACCAUCAUCUGUCGCCGCACUGGAGAGAUUGCUGCUGUCAGUAAGGAAUUCUGUCUGGUCACAGGCUGGCGAAGGGAUGUCCUGCUCGGCAAGGAGCCUAACCUGAACGUCAACACCGGCGGUAACACAUCGGGAACUCACACGGGUACAAGCUCUAGGGGAGCUGCUACUCCCAGACUUGCCAAUGUGGAGGUUGACCCUGCACGUCCACAGCCGGUAUUCCUGGCUGAAGUCAUGGACGAGGACGCUGUCGUUCAAUUCUACGAAGAUUUCGCCGAGCUUGCAUUCGGAGCAUCACGGACUUCGAUCAUCGGCGCGCCUUGCGACCUUCUCAAGUACCGUACAAAGGAUGAUCCUGGCUGGGGAGCUAAUGAACGAUCCAACGACGACGACGACAAGCGCUCUAAGAAAGCAGGCGAAGUCAAGUCGGAGCACCUCAUUCAAGGCGAAGCCGGCAUGAACGCUCUUGGAGAACGCGACGGCCGAGUGAAGUGCCAGACGUGUUGGACUGUAAAGCGUGACACAUUCGACAUUCCUAUGCUGAUUGUCAUGAAUUGUCACGGCUAA